AUGUUUAAUGUGAUCAAAUUUGUAGAACGUGAGAAAGAUGGUUAUUUAAUUCCGUUGAACAAUGUAAAUGAUUGUAUUAAAUCUAUUCUUGGUAUUUCAAUGUCGUCAGUUGAAAGACUGAAGAGAGAAAUGAGAGAACAAGAAAGAGAGAUGUUAGAAAAACAAAACGAAUUGAUUCAAUUACAGAAGACGCUGGAUCAAGAAAAACAAGAUAAAGAAGAUACGGCGAUUCGAGCUACUCUUCGGCUUCGAAAUCCACGUACCAGAUCAUCAUCAUCAUCAUCGUCAUCGUCAGUAACCGCUGCAUUCAAUUUCACUUUAACAACAUUUAUGCCUGUUGCUAAAUCAUCACAAAAGCGUGGUCAUUUCGGUCGUCCUCCUAUCAUCUUGACAGAAAAUCAAAAAGAAAAUGUUCGGUAA